AGUACGUCGUAGCUGCGUCAGCGCUGCUAUUCUCCUACCGACAUACGCAAAAAGUUCCGCAGUGUUUGAGUCCACUGGGUUGAGGCGUUUGCAUUAGCUGCGUGUGUGUGUCUGAGAGAGUAGCCUUCCCUGUGUUUGUAGGCAUCGGCGUUUCCUCUCACGGCACUAUCUCCUCUUCGAAAAGAAGCUCACUUCAGGACCAGACAUGCAUCCAGCAACUGUCUACUGGUACGAUAGGAGGGACUCUGUUUUUAUUGAGUUCUGCGUAGCAGACAGCAAAGAUGUAGAAGUCACUUUUGAAAAAUCAAAGUGUGUUUUCAGUUGUCUUGGAGCUGGCGUCAAAUAUGAAAAUGAAAUAGACCUUUUUGACGCCAUCGAGGAAAAUGAAUGCAACCACAAGCGGACAGGUCGAUCAGUGUUGUGCAUAUUACGAAAGGCACAGCCAGGGAAGCCUUGGCUGAGGCUAACAAAAGACAAGACUAAGCUGAGUUGGCUUCGCGUCGACUUCAACAACUGGAAAGACUGGGAGGACGACUCAGAUGAGGAGAUGGGCAACUCCAGUAAUUUCUCAGACCUGAUGAACAACAUGGGAGGUGACGAAGACCUAGAUCUAGAGGGUCCAGAUGAGGAUGAGUCUGCAGAUAGUGAUGAUGAAAAAAUGCCUGAUUUGGAAUAGAAGACUGUAAGACUCUGGAAGUGAAAUGGAAGAACAUGAGAACGAGGAAUCUUAAGCAAAUGUAUAUCUUAAAAUUGAAGGCAGUGAUAAACAACUGUACAUAUGAGUCAGUACUAGUCAUGUUUAAAUCCAUAUUCUUGGCUCAAAACUUGUGACCAAUCAGUCCACUGAAGGUUGAUAUGCAUGGUAUUGUACAGAGCAGCUAUCUCCACUUCCAUUUGCUGUACUGCACCUUUAUGGGUAUCUUGAUUUACUGUUCAAUAGUACAUUGAAGCACAUUAUUUGUUGGAAAAGCUGUAUAGUUGUCCUCCACUGAGCAAUAUGCUUUACAAGAAUUGUAAUUUGUUUUCAAAUGAAUUAUGGUUUAAAACGAUUAGGCCCACCUUUUCCUGAUGUGGUUUUAAAUUAGUCCAGUGAUGUUUUUUUUGUUUUUUUUCUUGUGAUUUAAGAAAACACUAGAUGUGUACAUCAAAUGAUUUGGUUUCAUUUACUGAUUGGGUUCCUCUAAAGCCUUCCAUGUCCUGUGAAUUUUCCAGGAUGCCCGUCUCUCUGUUUCUGUAGCUUAACCUUCCAGCUUACAUGUUUCCCUUAACUUCUUGUUUCAUGUUCGCAAAAUACUUUGCAUCUUCCCAGUGAUCAUCCCUACAUUGGUAAUCUGAAGGAACAUCACAUACUGUAUGUAUCUUAACAGUUUUUCUCUAUAUACCUUCCUAACACAGACACACACACACACUCUCGUGUUAGACUGCUGAAGCAAGGUGUGAUGUUUUACAGCUGAUGAGGAAGAGGCUCGACGUUUGUUUUGGGCCUCAGCCUCAGGUGUGGUAUGUUGCUAUUCUCCAGGUUCUUUCCAUGUGUUCACCUAGAAUAGAUCCUCACUCGUCGGUGAGGGAGUGUUAGAACGACGAGGCGAUGUGUAAUGACCAAAUUAUAUUUGCUCUGUUAAUAAAACUGUAAGGGGAGACAAUGGCGGCGGAGAUUCUUUUUUUAUUGUCUACAUCUUUCUAAUAAACUGUUCAAGAAUC